AGGAACAGAACCAUUUUAGAGUUGACGCUCCUCUUCAUCAAACUUCAUCUCGAGUUCCACCUGUACAUCGUCACCUUUGUUCAGUUCUGUUCCUAUUCUGUGAAGUAGAGGACGUAAAAAUGAAAGUUAUCAUAUUGUGCUUCGUUCUAAUCGCUGUUUUCUAUUCAGCCUCAGCUAAACCAGUCGAUGAUUUGGAUGGCAAAUGGGAGAAAUUCAAGGUUGAUUUUAAGAAGAACUAUGGAGAUUCCGAGGAAGAGUCAACACGUAAGGAAUUGUUCAGGAAAACAGUUGAGCAGGUUGAGGCUCACAACGCAAGGUACGAGAAAGGCUUAGAAACUUAUACCCAAGGAAUAAACCAUUUUGCUGAUCUUACACCUGAAGAAAAGAAGCAAUAUUUGGGUUUUAGACCAAGCAAUUCAGCGGCAGCACCUGUUCAAGAUGUGGAUUCACAAUGGGUGAAAUAUAAGGCAGACUUCAAUAAGAAAUAUGACAGUCCAGAAGAGGAAGCACAGAGGAAACAACUUUUCGUGAAGACUCUUCAAGAAGUUGAAUCUCACAACGCCAAAUACCAACAAGGUUUAGUUACCUGGACUAAAGGAAUCAAUCAAUUUGCAGAUUGGACGCCAGAAGAAUUCAAAAGGAUACAAGGAACCAGGUUGUCAAGCUGUCGAUUGUUAGUGAAAUUAAAAAAACUGCACACCAUGAAUAUAGCCUGUUUAUGUUUGGUACUUUUAGCUGUUUUGCAUCUAGGUUCAAGCAAUCCAGUGGAUGAUUUAGACGCAAAGUGGGCUAAAUACAAGGUUGACUUCAACAAGAAAUACGUCGACCCAACUGAAGAUGCUCGUCGCAAAGAGAUCUUCAAGCAGAGCCUCAUCGAUAUAGAAGAGCACAAUGCGAAAUAUAAACAAGGGCUCGUAAGUUGGUACAAGGGUAUCAAUCAGUUCACCGAUAUAACAAAAGAAGAAUUCGCAGCUAUGCAAGGACAUAGGGAAGUCUCAGGAUAGGAAUAUUAGGAUGUUUUAAAUUUUGCCUCUACUGUUUUAUAUUGUUAUGAACCUACUGUUAUUAUUUUUUACUUUAUAGUAAAGUAUUUGUGGAACAUAA